AAUCAUUUUUUUAUUCUCUCUUUUGGAUCGCUUCCGUUCAAUGUAACCGGCGAAACAGAGCAAUCUGAAAUUAUCUUAGGGCUAUAGUUAUGGAUAUUUUCAUGGAUUUCUUCAAUAAACCUUCUGUUACAGAGACAUUCGUCGACGUUUUGCUAUGUGCAGUUCCGAUUUGGGUCACUGUUAUGAUCGGGCUUCUGAUCGGUUGGUCUUGGCGUCCUAGAUGGACUAGCUUGGUUUAUUUAGGUUUCCGUUCUAAGCUUCGGUUUCUAUGUACUGUUCCUCCUGGAUUUGGUGCUCGUCGUAUUUGGCUUGCUUUCACCGCUCUCUCUGCUUUUUCCGUUUGUUCAACCUCCAAUAAAUCCUCGGUUAAUAACGGUUCCUCUAAACCGGUCGAAGAAGAAGCAUUUUCACGAGCUAGUGAUAAAGUUACAGAGAAAGAGAAAGAUGUUGUGACAGAGAAGGAUUUAGAGCAUUUGUUGCAUCUGCUUGAAGCUGGAAAUGCUAGUUUUGAGUGGCAAUCUAUGAUGGAUAAGUCUACUCCGAAUAUGAGCUAUCAAGCUUGGCGUCAUGAGCCUGAGAUAGGUCCUGUUGUUUAUCGUAGUCGAACUGUUUUUGAGGAUGUAACACCAGACAUUGUUAGGGAUUUCUUCUGGGACGAUGAGUUUCGACCUAAAUGGGAUACUAUGCUUGCUUACUUCAAAACUUUAGAGGAAGAUCCUAAGACAGGAACUACCAUUGUUCAUUGGAUUAAAAAGUUCCCAUUCUUCUGUAGUGACCGGGAAUACAUCAUUGGUAGGAGAAUAUGGGAAUCUGGAAGAAAAUAUUAUGCUGUGACUAAGGGAGUACCGUAUAAAGCUUUAUCAAAGCGUGAUAAGCCGAGGCGAGUCGAACUUUAUUUCUCAAGUUGGAUUAUCAAUGCAGUUGAAUCAAGAAAAGGUGAUGGGCAAAUGACAGCUUGUGAAGUCUCUCUUGUUCACUACGAAGACAUGGGAAUCCCAAAAGAUGUAGCAAAGUUAGGAGUCCGUCAUGGCAUGUGGGGAGCUGUAAAGAAGCUAAACUCUGGCUUAAGGGCGUACCAAAGCGCUAGAAAACCUGGGACGUCGCUCUCACGGAGUGCGCAGAUGGCAAGUAUCACCACAAAGCUGAACAUGGAUUUGGUGGAAACAUCUGGGGCAGAGGACGAAGAGAGAGGACGAGCAGUAGAGAAUGCGAGGAAACAAAAUGAUCAGUUCGGUGUAGACUGGAAAUGGAUCGUUGUAGGAGGAGUAGCUUUGGCUUGUGGGCUUCAUUCUAGUGCUAUAGGUAAGGCGUUAAUGGUUGGAGCUGGACAGAGACUUGCUCGUAGGUGAGAUCUUUUGCCUGAGAGUUUCAUUAUCUUAUCUGUUUCCCUGGAGAAUUCUUAGACCAACACAGAAACACUAUAUUACUGAUAUGGAUUGUGUUUUCUUGUAACUGCACUGAAAUGAGCAUAGUGGUUUCGAAAGCAAACCAUGCAGAGUAGUUUUGAAGCAAGGGCAAACAUUUGGUCGAAUAUUUCUUGUAAUACGGUUUAAGAUUCUGGAGACGGUUUUAGU